AUGGCAGCACAUGCAACACAGAAUAAAGAACGGAUAAAGGCGGUACUGUUGGAAGUGUUUGGGGCAUCGGACGACGAGGAGGACGAUGUCAAGCAGCAUGCGAUCAUCGAGGGGUCACAUCACUGCCCAAAUGUCGUGUCGGAUGCCAUGCAGGAAGCAGUGAUGAAGGGCAUCGCCGCAGAAGGCUGGUUCGACGAUGACGGCAUGAACCAGGCCAUGUGCUUCGGCUCGCUGCCAGUCUGGGCCACCAAACUGGCUAGCACCUUGCCUGCACACCUCUUCAGCAAACAGAUCCAGGGCCGGACGCCAGUCUUCGACCAGCUCACAGCAAAUGCAUACGAGUCAGGGGAUGGCAUCUGCGCGCAUGUUGAUCUGGACAGGUUUGAGGACGGCAUUGCAAUCGUGUCCCUGGGAUCUUCUGCGGUCAUGGACUUUACCCGCGGCAGCUGCCACGAGCGGCUGCUGCUGCGCCCCGGCGAUGUCUUGCUGCUGGAAGGAGAAGCCAGGUACAAAUGGAAGCACGGCAUUGCUUCUGUGGCCUCAGAGCAGUAUGGCGGACAGCACAUCCAGAGGGGGCGGCGCAUAUCCGUCACCUUCCGCAAGCUUGUCCCCGAAAACUGA